AUCUUAGGUAUGUUUUGUAUUGGUACGUGUUGCUUAUGUUUAGUAAUAGGCACGAGAAGAAAGAUAUGAAUAAGAGAGGAUGGUGUGUGCGAACAGAUGUGUAUGGAACAAGUACACAUUAACGGGAAACUAUGUUUUCAAAAGCUGUGUUUAUGAGUUCGCUGUAUCUUUUGAAAUCUGUGAUUUCUUCAUUCGCAAGAUAUAGCGCUGGCGGAUAACAUACGAUUUCUUUCUGUCGACAUUUUGUAAUGACUAUAGAACUCGACUGUUACAACUUGUUGCAUGCACCGUAACACGAAAGGAAUAGUACCCAUUCUGCAGACUCAGCUUUCGAAACAUUGUCAGUAAUUAAAACUUCCGGGCUAAGAGGCCGUGGUCCAAAAGUAGAAAUACUUCUCCCUGACGUUUCGUUGCCAGCUGCGGGCAACAUCAUCUGAGAGUGGCAAUGAGUGAGUCCGUUUUGAUGUACACUUUACCAAAUGGCACUCAUGUGUUGAUUCGUAACAAUUCACUGGAAGGCAAAGAUAUUGAUAAUGUUCCAGUGAUGGUUGUAGAAGAUGGAGUAGCUACAGAUGAAGGUGAAAACAGUGUUAUAUUACCAAACAUGCAUAUAGUCAACACUGUAACAGUAGAAGCACCAUUAGAGCCUGUACAGUUGGUUGAAACUCAACUUCCAGAAGAAAGCAGACAACAGGACUCCCUCCUGUCAGAGCCCACAGAACUUGAAGGACUGGAUGACUUCGCAGAAGUUGUGACCUGGUACAAGUGCCGAAAAUGUUCUUUUGUUGCUGCGCAGUUACCAAGUUUGGUGGAGCACCUAAAAUCACACAAUAUAGAUACAAAACGCAAAUCCAGUUCAGCCCAACAUUCAUUAAAGGGUGAAAAUUCUGAAGAAUUGGCUUCUACAGCAGAAAUACCUAAGGAUCAUUCUACUAAUAGUGGAAAUGAUUCAAGAACUGAAGCGAGUGAGUGCCUUAUCUACCUCUGCGGACAGUGCACACAUGCUUACAGCAGCCUUGAUGAAUGCAAACAACACAUGAUGCAGGAUCAUGAUUUGAUUUUGCAAGAAGAAAAUGAAACAGUUACCCAAGAAUCAUCAGCAGAUGAAGCUCCCAUGACGAAGGAAAAACAGGAUGUAACUGUGAUUCAACAGACUCAAGCAAAGGAAUUUUUGCUCAGCAUAAAGAAGAAACAGCCAGAAUGUAAAUUUGUAUGCACGAAAGAUGGCUGCCACCACAAAUUUGCAUCAGCUGAAGCACUUGCUAUUCAUUUAGAAUGUCACAUGCCAGAAAGCCGUGUGACUGGAAGCCAGCAACAGUUUCGAUGCACAGAAUGUAAAAUGAUGUUCAACCGCUGGAGAGGAUGUGCCAUGCAUUUGUGGGUUGCACACAGUCAAGAUGCUGGUCUGCUUGUGUGCCCUGUUUGUAAGAAGUAUCGUACUGCAGUAAUUACACGGAUGGUUGCACAUAUGCAGACUCAUGGUGAAGUUCGGUCUUUUCAUUGUCCAGACUGUGGCAAAGGUUUCAAGCAAGCAGCCCAGUUACGCAACCAUCGGGUCAUACAUAUGAAUCGCAAGACUGAUGAUCUUCCUCGUUGGUAUGCAACCAAACAAUGUGACAUAUGUUCCAAAACGUAUGCCGAUUCAAAAUGCUUAAAGAAACAUAUACAGGCUGUUCACAGCAAGCUGCGGCCUUAUGUUUGUCAUGUUUGCGGUCAUGCUUCAGCUCGCAGAGCUAUGCUGCAGAUGCACCUCCGUCAGCAUACUGGUGAGAAACCUCAUGCCUGCCCUAUGUGUGCAUAUCGUACUGGUGACCACAACUCUUUGCGUCGUCACAUAAUGCGUCAUACUGGCCAGAGACCAUAUCGAUGUCCACAUUGCCCAUACACAGCAAUACAGAGUAGUUCAUAUAAAAAUCAUUUAAGCUCAAAACAUCCUGGACAGAGUGGUGUGUUUUCCUGCAUUCACUGCCCCUUCAAAACUGUAAAUCGAGAAGGAUUUGUUUUACAUGUAAACGAUCACAAGAAUGGUCUUUUACCUGUUGCAAUGAAUGGUGACAGUGAAGAGAAUGCAGAAAGUAAUAGUGCACACAGGAUAGGUACAUAA